AUGAAGCUCCACGUGCUGGACCUGAAGUCCGGGGCGACCGAACUAAACGAUGUGGAUGACACGGAUACAAUUGGUGCUCUGAAGCAAAAGUUGUUUGAAGCGAGCCUGAUCGACGUGGAGCCUUCGAAACAGAGACUGAUUCACGCCGGAAGAGAACUCUCCGAUGAGAAAAAGCAGCUCCGGGAAGAGCGAGUUGGUGACGGCGACGUAGUCGCUGUCAUGAAAUCACGGGUCACGAAAUCGGGGAAUAGCAGAGGUCGGGCGCGACAGGCGAUCAGCGAGCCAGCAGCCAACCUCCAUCUGAUCAAUAAGCUGAUGGCACGGGCCGGCUCAGUCGUCGCUCAACAAACUUCCAAUGGGGAUCCGCUGGACUUGCAGGGUCUGAAACUCUCUGAUGGCGCGGAGUCUACGCAGGUUGGCGGAGUCCAGCAGAGCGUGACACAAGCCACUGGGCGAGGCCUUGGAAUCACCCUGCCUGAGCCGGACGCUCGAGCCGUCGAACAGCUCGUGGAGAUGGGUUUCCCGGAGGCGAGGGCGAGGAAGGCACUUCUCCUCCACCUGAACCACAGCCCUGCUGCGAUGGAGUGGCUACUCGAGGUGGGAGAUAGCCCGGAGGCCGACGCGGAGCUCACCGAUGCGCAGAUAAGACAUAUCAUGAGUGCAUCGACAGUGCACCCGCUUCUCAGGAUGAGGCAAGAGGCAUCGAGCGCAACACAGGGGCCCGACGAGACAGUCAUCCAGCGACUUGUGGAGAUGGGCUUUGCUCGGGAGGAGGUGUUGUCCGCCUUGGCCGCAACGAACAACGAUUACGACGCCGCGUGCGCAUGGUUGCUCGGGGAAAGGGGUAAUUCGGGGGCGUAUCAGGCGCAAACUGGCCAGAUGAAUGACGGGUCCGGUGCGCAGGGAAACCCGGAGAGUAUGCAGGCGCUUCUUGGCAACAUUCUUACUCAUCCAGCCAUCCAGGCAGGCAUGCAGUCCGAGCGUGUGCUUCAAGCUUUUCAAGCGAUGAUUGAGGAUCCAUCGUCGGCACAUGAUUAUCUGAACGAUCCCGAGGUUGGACCCAUCUUGCUCCGCGUGCACUCCAUCCUGUCGCGCGUCGCGGACCAACGCGGGCAACCCUAA